AGCCACAGUUCACCACUACUCUUUGCACGCGUCUGUUGCUCUUCAAUUUUCAAUCAACAAUUGAAUCUGUGACCAUCAACCUUUGAAAACAAAGCAAAGCGUGUCGCUUCGUGAACGGUGAAAUUACAGUGAUAAUGGAUAUCGUGCAUCCGUUCGGUGUUCCCCGCGUGGGAGGCCAGUCGUCCAGCAGCCAGCCCUAUUACCCCGGGGCUCCCCUUUUUCCCGCACACACCUACAACGCCAAUAGGAGCAGUACGAACGGCGGCACGGCCGGCAGCAUCUUCGGAGGAGGCAUAUCAUCCGGCCAAACCACCCACAACACCAUGGCAAACGAAAUGAUGGACACCGUCCCCGUCCUCAUAGGCACACCCAACACCACCACCUCCUCCUCCCUUGCCGCCAACAACCAACUCCAACUGAAACCGGUUCUCGGUAAGCUGAAUAGAAAAGCGGCCAAGGGAGGAGGAAGUCAGUGGUGCAAGCUGGCCCAUCGGGCGCAACCAAUGAGCGCAUUCGACGCGCUGUGCAAUCUUUGCGGCGCGAACAGCUCGGAAUUCACCGUCCGCACCAACGGGCACGAGACGAUGGUGCAAACCAUCUUCAACGCGAUGCAGUACCAAGCGGUGGCACCGAACGAAUUCCUCGCCAAGGAAAAGGUGUCCGAGGAGGUGCUGCGUGACAUUUACUUGCCGCGGCUGGCAGCCCCCCAGGAACAAUCGGAGACGGGUGCGACGAUGGAUACGUCCACGCAAAAUAGUAUGGAGGCAGAGGAGGACCCGGCGGACGCUAACACAACACUGCUGUUGGCGCAGAACCUGGUCUCGUUUGCGCUGUACAAACUGUUUGCCAAAUGGAACGUGCAGCCAAAGCCGACAAAGGUGAAGGAACAACCAUCGAAAAAUGGUGUGAUCAGGUGCCGGGAGCAACUGCCGGUCAAUCCAACCAGCCACCAUCCGGCGACGCUACUGUCGAUCAUGGUAACACCCGUAUCGUUUGAGGAUGUCGGCGAAACCGUCGUGAGUCCGGUACGGACGAACUUUGUGGCCCGGGUGACGGUGGGCGAACAAUCGUUCACUGGCACGGGGCAAUCGAAAAAGGUGGCCCGUAAGAUGGCAGCAGCGGAAGCGUGCAAGGCACUGUUUGGCGUAAACUACGGCGUUCUUCAGGGUUAGAGGGUGACCAAUCAUUGAUGAAGCAUAAUGAACUGUUUUGCCGCAAAAAGUAUGCGCGCACUGUUAUUCGUUGAACAGCGAAGUAAAACAAAAGUGGAAUUGAAUUUGAAUAAAACUGAACUACGCCCA